CCUAUAUAUGUUUCUUUUUUAUUUUCAUUUUAUAAAAAUUACCGUUGAUUAUAUUCACAAAUUUAGAAAAGAGAGAGAGAGAUGAGAUUUCGCGCGGCAUUUAGGGUUUGCGAGAGCAGGAACAGAGCGCCAUUGCUGCUUCAACCUCAAGCUUCGCGCUCCUUCUCUCAGCUUCCAUUAAACCCCCAACGGCCUUCUUUUGGAAUUGCGUUUGACAUAGAUGGCGUGGUUCUUCGCGGUCGUGCUCCCAUUGGAGGCUCUCCUCAAGCUUUGAGAAGAUUGUAUGGAGAUUCUGGUGCUUUGAAGCUUCCCUUUCUGUUCUUGACAAAUGGAGGUGGCGUCCCUGAAUCUAGACGUGCCACUGAGUUAAGUGAACUUUUGGGAGUGCACAUUUUACCUUCUCAGGUUGUACAGGGUCACUCACCUUUCAAAACUUUGUUGAAAAGAUUUGAGAAUGAGCUCAUAAUUGCCACUGGAAAAGGGGAACCUGCUGUUGUAAUGUCUGAAUAUGGUUUCAAAAAAGUCCUUUCUUUAGAUGAGUAUGCUUCCUACUUUGAGAACAUUGAUCCUGUUUCACAAUAUAAGAUGUGGACAACUAAACAAGAAUCGGGUAAUGGGAGUGACCGUAAGAAAUUGGUUCCAAAAUAUAAUGCUACCUCUGACAGAGUCAAGGCAGCUUUUGUUGUCAGUGAUCCUGUAGAUUGGGGCAGGGACAUUCAGGUUCUCUGUGACAUUUUAAGAUCGGGAGGCCUUCCUGGACACAAGAACACACAGCAACCACCUUUGUAUUUUGCUGCAGAUGAUCUUGAAUAUCAGGCUGCUUUUCCUUUUGAGCGUCUUGGAAUGGGUGCUUUCAGAAUUGCUCUAGAAAGUGUCUUCAAUAGAAUUCACUGUAAUGCUCUGGAAUAUGUUUCUUUUGGGAAACCAAAUCCAUUUGUAUUCAAGAAUGCUGAAGCCAUAUUAAGACAACUUCAGUCAUCCUGUAAUGAUAAUGCCAUAGAUAAUGGAGACGUUGAAUCAAAUCCUUUCAAAACUAUUUAUAUGAUUGGUGAUAACCCUUUAGUUGAUAUCAAGGGUGCACGACAGGCAGGACAUCCUUGGUUUUCUAUUUUGACUAGGACUGGUGUUUUCAGGGGAAAAGAUAAUCAUGCAGAAUUUCCAGCCGAUCUGGUCGUUGAUACAGUUGAAGAGGCAGUGGACUAUAUUCUGAAAGAGGAGAGUACUUCUUAGGUCCCAGGCAAAGUGGAACCCUUUUUGUAUUGCUCUCUGUUUCUCGUCUCUCGCACCAUUGUAUGGCAGAAAGAAAGUUUAAUACAUCCAGAAAGCUUGGCAAGUUUUUUAAAUCAAGUUCUUGGAACUCAAUGAAGUCAAUUUUGUCCCUUUAAAAAAAAAAUCUCAUGUUAUUCAGCAA